GCUUCACAACCCUUUGUGGAGUACAGUGCUCCAGGGUUGUGUCUAGUUGGUGGUCUAGCCCUCCACGUUCACUCUUGGACCCCUACCGGGGCCGUAUCAUACGUGGCACCAUCUCGGUCAGGCACCACAAGGUGUCUGGUAUCGGGAUGGCAUCUCAGUCCGCCACCUUUUUGCAAAAUGAACAGCGAAAACGACAUCAGUUCUUUGAUCCAGCUGCCAUCAAUCCACAUGUAAGACCAUCACAAUCACAAGUCAUGAUGGAUCAGCUUGCGGCAGCUUUCUCCAGUUCUGCACGAGUUGCCAUGGCAGGCCUCGACCGCAACUUAUGUAUCAUCGGCGAUACUUCUGGGACACCGGGAGGUGUUUCGACGGAGCCCGUGCCAAUCACUGAUGCUGCCCCUGUGACCAGCGUGACCAGUGCGGUUCAGAUGGGCAGCGGCAUUCCCAUCAGCACCACUUAUCCAAUGGAGACUGGUGCUCCUCAAGUGGUCUACACCUCUUCGCCAUAUGUGAUGCCCGGUGCUGCCUCUAUCAGUGCCAUGCCCAUGACCAGCUACACCACCGGGAUGCCAAUGGCCUACAGCGGCCUGGACCACUCUCAGGGCAAGUGGUUCGCACCCGGCGAGGCUUUGCCGCCCGGAUUCAUCAUCACGGCUCACCCAGAAGGUCACACAGCGCCACAAGAGGGCCACCUGAUGACUGACAAGGCCCGCGAGAGCUUUGUGAUCACCACCGGCACCGCCGGAAUCAAAACUGGCGCCGCCCCCAAGAGCAAGAAGAGCAAGAAGAAGAAGUCCAGCGGCUGCUGCUGAGAACGCCAAACUGGACUCUUGCGAGGGCGGGAGAUGGAUUCCCU